AACAUGAUUUCCUCCUUGGGAAUAAUGGGCUUCUUACACUCUGUACACCUAUUUCUCUCACACACGUUUCUUGUGCACCCUUAAAUCAUUUCAGAUGGACUCCCUGGGCAAAAGAGUUUUGUGCACUCUCUCUUUAAGAUGGAAAGAACAUUAGUAGCCAAUGAAAUGGCACUCUCCUGUUUCCAUGGUGACAAGGGAAACUAACCUUGUCUCCCGGAGAAGCAAAGAUCUUGAUAAGAAACAGGACCUACAAGGGCUGCUUUUUUUUUUGAUAAACUUCCAGGGGUUCCAGUCUCUGGAAACGUCUGGACCAAAGAAUAAACCAGCUGCUAUAUGAGAGUAAGACAAAAUGUAAGGUUUUUUUCCCCUUGUUUUGUUUGCGAUUCAGAUCUGCAAAGGGGACACACUCCAUUGCUCUCGGGUUUUGUGUUUUAGAAACUAAAGAAAUUGAAACUGCUGCUAAGACCAGGAAAUGUUUUUAAAAAGCUGUUAAAUCCAAUAGAUCAUUCAGAUGAGUUUCUUGAGGGCUGGGCUCCCUGGAGGCCCCAGAGAUUUCAAGUAAUGUCUUGCCAGAAAUAACACUUUUUUUUUUUUUUUUUUUUUACAAGUAGAGCAGGCCUGAUUUUUAGAGGUGCCGAUACCCGAAGCUUCCACUGACUUCACCUGGAACUGUGGACUCAAGAGAUCUAAUUUAUUUAUCUUUGUUGUGGGCUCUGUUUGAAAACUUCGGGUUUUCUAAGGGAUUUUCAGCAGAUUAGUGGGGGACGGGGACAAUCUCUCAGCUUUAUACACCUUGGAAACAGGAAGUUUUGCCUGAAUAGUUGGCUUAAUUUUUUCCAUUUCUAAAUGUGAUCUCAUUACUUUUAGUUCUAUCUCCCUUGUUAGCACACACAAUAAUCCCUUGCUAGUUACAUCCUUCCAAUACUUGUAGGCUAUUACCAUGAUCCACCCCCCUUAGCCCUCUCCUAGCUCAAUCUAGGCUACUUUAAUCUACCCAGUAUUCCCCCCAUAAUUAUUGUUCUUCUCUAAAGUGCCUCUAAAUUCUUUCUAGUGUGAUGCUUCCACUUCUGAGUAGUGAUGGUGUCAUCAGAGGCUAUUAUGGUAAAUUUGUUACUGUUUUUUCCCAUGUUCUGUGGAGCAUGAUAGGUGGCCAGGAAGAGAAAAUUUCAUGGCAGUUUUGAAGAGUGGGACAGGAUGCCAAGGGCUUGGGAAGAGUACAGAGUUGAAGGCAAAUGGAGAGUGCAAAAUGGAACCCACCGUUGCUAGGGUCUUUAGAGCCUCACUCAUGAUGCACCUGGCAUGCUACUAGGAACUGUGUCAGACUAGGUUGGGUACCAUGACAACCCAGAGCCUUGUACCUAUGGUUACACUAGUGAUCAGUUAUCCUGGUGUGGUCAGACCACAGGCAUAUACAGCAGGAUGAUUGCCUGCCUUGUCAGUGAUGUUACAGCUCUCCGUGCAGGCCAAAAUUGCAUUGAUCUUUCUUUGGAUCCCCAAAGGAUGGAUUUGUCCCAGCCCUACUUGUAAAUGAAAGUAGUGAAUCUCCAUGACAAUUUGAAAGUAGCCAGCUGUUUGUGAAAUCUCCAAAAUUCCUCCCCUGUCCACGGUGUGUCUGGGGUGGAUCACUGUCUGAGUUAGGUAGUUGGUGUACAUGAAAUGGAAAGAUACCUGUGCUUGCAUGUGAGUAUAAGAUAAAGAUCAGACUUGGAACCCUUAAUGUGUGAGAGUGAAUUCUGUGCUCAGAUACAUGUGUGUAACUUACAGAACUCAAUGGGAGUUCCAUGUAUGCAUCCAAGGGCUGAAUCUGGCUUUCUGUAUACUAUGGCUGUGUUGGUCUCUCAUAAGAAGAAGGUGAUAUUUUUUCUGACUUACCAAAAAAUUCCAAGACUAGUAAAUGCUUCUGACUCCUCAUACCUUUGUUUCAUCUCCAGCCUUUUGCCCAGCCAGGGUUCCUGCUAUACAGACAUGUCCCAUUCCCCCUUUUUGUACUGUGCUUGUUGGGACCCUUGGAAUGUGCGGGGUAAAAGGCUAAUUAAGACCAUGCCAGGCGUACCGAAUCAGAAAGCCAGGUUCUCUUAACUAGGCAUGAUCUUGAAAAACCAAAAUAGUUUCCUAUUUGCUAUAAAACCACCCAGCACAUCCAAAAGGAUAUUGCCGAACAGAAAAUAUGGAUAUCGACUGCGAAGCAGAGAACCACCUGAUACUUCAGGGGAGUUCAUAGAAAUCUCACCUGGUUAUACCUUGACUCGGAGUAAAGAACAUCUCUCCGUCACACUAGGGGAGGAAUUUUUUGAAAGAAAAAGAACUACUGAAGAACCAGCCCCGCCCUUUGUUCCCAGAAGCCCAGUGAAACUUGAGACGAAGGAUAUUACUACUGACUUAGAGGAACAGAUUGCUGAGCUGACAGACAUGAUGGAGCAACUGCGCAGAGAUCACCAGGCCUCCUGCAAACUGUUGGAGAAGGAUAUGGAAGAAAAAUGCAAUGAAAUGCAACAGGAGCAUGAGAAUAAGAUCAGGGAACUCCAAGAAGCUCACUGUGCAGAGCUCCAGGCCUUGCAAGUGCAGUACAAGAAAGAACUGAGGACUGAGAGGGCCUCUGCACAAGAGAAAAUGGAGGUGAUGCAGAAGGAAUACAAGUAUCUGAAGAAUGCAUUCCGAAUGUACCAGGACAGUGUUUCUGAUGAAAUGGAGGAGAAGUGGCUGAGAAGGCAGGCUGAAUGGAAGAAAAGUGAGAGGACUGAGCGGGAGAAGGCACUAUUACAGCAAAAGCAGGAACUGAUGAAGACAUUUGAGAUGGAGAGAGAGCAGCUAAAGAAAUCAUCUCAGGGUGGGAACUCUGUGAUGAAUAAACUCUACCAGCAGGAAAGAGAGGAGCAUAUUAAACAGCACCAGGAAGAUGUGGAGAAAAUAAAAGAGUUGCAAAACAUCAAGGAGUCUCUGGAAGCCGAUUUGAAGGAGAAGGACCAAAUUCUCCAGGCUCUCACCACAACGAUGCAGAACACUCACGGGGAGCUUCAGAAAGAGAAAAGCAACCUGAUGGAGUUGGAGAAAAACAUUCAACAGAAAAUUUCGGCAGUUGAAUUAAAACACCAGCUCAAUAUCACUUCCUUGGCAGAUGAAAAUGCCAUUCUGAGACGCAAACUGAUCACAAAGAGCGAAGAAGCAUAUAACAAAAGAGUCCAGCGAAAGAGUCGGUUAUCAGGAUUGCUCUAAUGGGAAUGUGACCUUGUUACUAAGGGAAACUUGCUGAUGAUGGUAAAUCCAAAUGUAGCAAUAUGUUCAAGUUUAUUUUCCAUUUCUGUAGGCAAUGCCAAAUCUGCAGUCCCUCACUCUUCCAAAUCAAUCAGUCAUAUUCACGGUGUCCUAUUUUUGUCCUGUCAUUUCCAUUUUGCUUUGUUUCCAGAGAGAGCGAUGGAUGCUGGCCCCAAGUAUGUGUGCUGCACUGAUGCUCAGCUAAAUCCUAUCUCUGCUCAAGCUCUCUCUCUCUUACCAGGACAGGCUGGUGUGGUAUAGAUGAAUGGGUGCUCAGAGGCUAAUGUUUUUAUCCCUCUUGCUAAUCUAUACUAUAGUUAUAUGCUACUAUAAAUGGGGAUGCUGCUCCUUCCAGGAAGUCAGACUUCUAGUCAGAGUCCUUCCUACACUUGGCUGAGGCUGUAUGGAAUGGACAGCUAACUUUGCUGUUGCUUACCUUUAUGUUAUUUCACUGGCAACCAGUCUUUACCUUGUAAUUACAUCAAAGCUCGUAAGCCCAGCAGCGCUUGGAGUCCUAUCUACCAAGGGAGGUGUUGCAAAAAGUGAGUGUGGUGAUUGUGUCUAUUGGGCAUUCUUCAGUGCUCUGGUACUAGAAGUAGGAUUUGAAUACCAAUGAGGUAAGUAAAUUUUUGUCCCCUGGCUGCCCAACCACUUCAGGCUUCCAUAGAGUUGCACCUUCACAACUGACUUAAUUCUUAAGCUGCUAAAAGCAGAUGUUCUGAAAGAUGGAUAACAGAGGCUCUUGCUGCCACUGUCUGACUGGCUCUACUGGAGAGCAGUGUGUGGAAGCAGAGAGUUAGAUUUAUUGAGAACAGAAGCUGAAUAAGUCUAAUGGACACUUUAUUAAGAAAAGAAGUUACUAUUAACCUGCCUGACCAUCAGUGCUUUGAAAAGGCACUUCUGGUGUAAGCCCUUGCCAUAUACUUUCAAUUUUUUUCUCCAAUCUAUCCUAUUGGACUAAAAUUUGUAUAAUUAUUUUCAGGGAGAGAAAAUUUUCUGAAACUUACUUUUUAUUUUUUUUACAAGCUGAUCAUAAACUACAUGUGUGCACAACCCUAAACUUGAUUCUAAGUUAGUCAGUAUCUUGUUUUCCAAAUCUGGUAGAUAGUUCUCCCUGAAAAAUACAUCAUUUGAGAAAGUGGCUAAGUGCCUCUAUAUUAAUACCUGCUAUCAUCUACAGCAGUGUUUCUCAACCUUUUUGAUACCAGGACUGGCUUCCUCCCUUCCUAAAUUGUCAGGGAGAUAUCAGGGACUGGUGCUGGUCCACGGACUGGUCACUGAGAAACACUGAUCUACAGGCACUGAGCUAUCCAGCAACCUGGUUGUACUCACAAUUCUGGUAGACUACAAAAAGUGAACACUUCUAAUGAAAUAGCCUGCUCUCUGGAAA